UUUCUUGGGACGCACACUCUCCCUCUCUCUCUCUUUCUCGUCGUAUCCUCGCGUGGGUUAUAUAGACACCGAGACUCGACAAAUACAGCGCGCGCUCAGGACACCUCGAGCUGUCAGAUUGACGGAAACCAACGACUCGAUACGAGCGUCCACAGCGAUCUCGAGGAUUUUGGCUGCGCGCACUCUGGUUCCAGGAGCGAUGCGCGCGCUGCGGGCUCCAGUUCUGGUCGUGGGGCUCGUGUUGUUCAUCUGCACUACAGUGCACAGCUAUCCCAGCAUAAACAAGGGCGAAAAAGACGAGAAAACCUGGUUCAGACGGAUAAUGGACAUCAUGAGGAAAGUGGAAAACAGUGUUGGUGACGGGAGCGCGCAUUCCACGUCAAAGGACCGUCAUAAUCUCAAAACGAAGACAGGCGAAACAAUUUUAGAAAUCUUUCCCAGAGACCUCAGAAAAAAGCAGAGGAUUAUACAUCAUUUAACAGGUCCCCUGUAUUUCAGUGCGAAAUGCAAAAAGCAUGUCUACAGACUGUAUCACAACACAAGAGAUUGCACCAUGCCUGCAUACUACAAGAGGUGCGCGCGGCUCCUGACACGACUAGCAGAGAGUCCAAGGUGUCAAGAGGUUUAACUCCACCAGCAGGUUGAAGCCAAACCCAGAAAAAAGCAGUCAAAGUGCCUUUUGGACAAGAGAAAAGAAUUUAAACCAACACGCAACAUUCCAACAAAUCACCACAUUGAGUCCAAAACACAGUUCUGCCUCUCCAGAGAACUAGAAAAGAAUCGAGUCGUAAACAGCCUCAAAAAAAAGGGAUGCACUUGCCUGAGGACAUAACGGUGGACUCGACUCGCCAAGACGAAAGCUGCAAGAAGUCAGAGAGCGAGGAAAGCAUCUGGCCUAAUGAGUUAUGAACCCUUUCGCCAAGAGAGAAAAACAUCUCACCACAAGAAAGGGACCGUCUUGGUUUUGCAUUCCCUUAGCAUCCGACAAUGGGAUUUCAGUGCUGAUCGACGGAGUUGGCAGCGAGAGAGCCUUUGUUUUGUCUGUGCUAGCACUGGAAACCUGCAUGAACGUUUUAUUUUGCUUCCGUUCGCCAGCAGCACAUUAAUGAGACUGGUUGAUCUUUGCCGUAAAUCUGUGACCAAAAGCUUUUCGUAUUUUGGCCAAGAGUGUACGACUGUGCAAUAUAGUCAAUAUAUUUUGAUGUAUAGAGUAUGUAAAUAUUGUACAAACGAGACCUAUUACAAACAUAUAAGCAUCUGACGUGCGAUGGGUUCGUUAGGAUGUGUAUAUUUAAGAGAAAAUAUAUUUAAAUAAAUUAUGAUUGUUUAA